GAAGCAGAUGUCAAGCUCGAGGACUUCUCGUCCAUCUUCUCUCUGAACCAAAAGGUGGCUGUCGUCACUGGCGGAUCUCGAGGUCUUGGUCUCCAUGCCGCAUCAGGUCUCCUCCAAGCCGGUUGCUCCAAAGUUUUCAUCUCCUCCCGCAAGGCCAAGGCAUGCGAGGAAGCAUGCGAUGCCCUUAACAAGCUACCGGGCAUCAAGGGCAAAGCCAUCUCUGUGCCUGCCGACAUUUCAAAGGUUGCAGAGAUCGAACGCUUGGUAGCAGAAGUUGGAAAACACACGGAUCACGUUGACAUCUUGUUUGCCAACGCGGGAGCAACCUGGGGUGCUCCUUUCGACAAGCACCCAGCCGAGGCCUUUGCCAAGGUUAUGGACCUCAAUGUCAACAGUNNAUUCGCCCCGCUGCUUGAGAAGAAGGCUUCAUUGACAGAUCCCUCUCGUGUACUUGUCACAGCAUCCGUUGCAGGUAUUGGCAUUGGUUCUUUGGGAGACAAUGCAACCCCAGGAUACAGUGCUUCCAAGGCCGCAGCUCUUCAUCUAACUCGUAACCUGGCCGUCGAGUUGGGUCCCCGAGGCAUUCUCUGCAACAGCAUUGCGCCUGGCUUCUUCCCAACAAAGAUGGCCAAUGGAUUGAUGGCCCUGACUGGUGGUACACAGGCUCUGGCUGACGCAAACCCCAACAAGAGGUUAGGUAAGCCUGAGGACAUCGCUGGUACCGUCGUAUAUCUCUGUUCAAGGGCAGCCAGUCAUCUGAACGGUGCCCACAUCGUCAUUGACGGUGGUAGUGUGCUCGGCCGCUCAAAGCUG